AUGUAUAUUGAUCGCUAUACCCCUGUUCGAGGAGGGCGAUGGUCGGAUCGUUUACGUCGAUUAUCUAUUUGGUCAAUAGUUUCUAAUUAUUUUCCAAUAAAAUUAAUCAAAACUGAAGAUCUUGAUCCAAAUCGAAAUUAUAUCUUUGGUUAUCAUCCACAUGGUGCAGCAACUGUCGGUGCUGGGAUCAAUUUCCUAACAGAAGCAACACAUUUUUCAACUGUAUUUCCUGGUAUUCGUCCUCAUUUGAUGGGUCUUCAUUCCAAUUUUUCCUAUCCAGUUUUACGUGAAUUAUUUCUUGGCUUGGGUAAUGCUGUUGUAAUUGUGACUGGUGGUAUGAAAGAAUUGUAUUUAACAGAAUAUCAAAGGAUGAUAUUCUAUUUAAAAAAGAGGAAAGGUUUUAUACGAUUAGCAUUGGAAAAUGGUGCAUCAUUAGUACCGGUUAUAACAUUUGGAGAAAAUGAACAUUAUCGACAAUAUAAGAAUUGGAUUUCAAAUCGAUGGAUUUGGGGACGAUCAAUCGUUGGUUAUUUACCUCUUCGUCAUCCUGUAACGACCGUUGGUAAGAUAAAACUUUCUUUCCAAUUGGAUUCGAUGGAAAAAAAUGAUUUUAUUCUAUUAGUUGGUAAACCGAUUCAUGUCAAUCAAAUCAUUGAUCCAUCUCAAAUAGAUAUCGAUCAACUUCAUGAUCAAUAUCUUCAAGCAAUUGAACAGCUGUAUAAUACAAACAAAGCAAACUAUAGUUUUGAAAAUGUGAAAUUAGAGAUCAUUUAG